GCGGCCGGGGAUGGCAGCGGGGGCGGCCGCCGGGCGAGACCCCUGCCCCACGGGGCAGAAGCGAAUCCUGUGCGUGGGGCUGGCGUGCUUGGAUAUCAUCAGCGUGGUGGAGGCCUACCCGGCCGAGGACUCCGACACCAGGUGCGUGUCGCAGCGGUGGCAGCGGGGUGGGAACGCCUCCAACUCCUGCACGGUGCUGUCGCUGCUGGGAGCCCCCUGCGCCUUCAUGGGCUCGCUGGCCCCCGGGCACGCCGCCGAUUUCAUUGUGGCCGAUUUCCGGCGCCGCGGUGUGGAUGUGAUGCAUGUGGCCUGGCAGCCCCGCGGGGACGUGCCUUGUGCCUGCUGCGUUGUCAGUGCAGCCAGCGGCUCCCGCACCAUCGUGCUCUAUGACACGAACCUGCCCGAUGUGACGGCCCGCGACUUUGAGCGGGUCGACCUCUCCCAGUACAAGUGGAUCCACUGGGAGGCCCGUAAUGCGGCGGAGCAGGUGGAGAUGAUGCGGCGGGUGGAGCGGCACAACCGAGCCCGUCCGGCGGCAGAGCGGGUCCGCACCUCGGUGGAAGUGGAGAAGCCGCGGGAGGAGCUGCUGCAGCUCAUGGGCUUUGGACAAGUGGUGUUCGUCAGCAAGGACCUGGCCCAGCACUUUGGGUACCAGUCGGCCCCCGAGGCGCUGCAUGGCCUGCGCAGCCGCGUGCAGCCGGGGGCCACGCUGAUCUGUGCCUGGGCCGAAAAAGGGGCUGACGCCAUGGGGCCUGACGGGAAGCUGGUACACUCAGACGCCUUUCCCCCAGAGACCCUCGUGGACACGCUGGGGGCAGGGGACACCUUCAAUGCCUCCGUCAUCUUUGCCCUCUCGGAAGGGAGGAGCCUGCAGGACGCCCUCACCUUCGGCUGCCAGGUCGCAGGCAGGAAAUGUGGCUUCCAGGGCUUUGAUGGCAUCGUCUAGCCAGGCAUCCUGUCCUAGGAGCCCCUCCACCUCUUCCCCAGAGCACACCAACCCCCACUUACCACCCCCAGCACCCUCCACCCCACGGCCAAUA